AUGGCUUCUUGGAAUGAAAAGCCGAACUUACGACCAUCAAAAGAGAAAGACAUUAAAGGAAAAACUACCUUUAGACGUAACAAUCCAAAUCAAUCGAAUCAUUCCUACAUUCAUGCCUUGUGGAAUGAGACAACAGCACCGGUUGGCGAUGAUUAUUUUGGCAUUCGUGAUCAAAACGUACAAUAUUCACUAAAUAAACAUAAACGAUGGCAUUUAUUAAAAAAAUUUCGAGAUGAAAUUACUAAUGGAUCAACAACAUCAUCAUCGUCUGAAGAAGAAGGAGAAGAACAGAAUAAUAAUCCAAAUAGUAAAAAUAAUCGUUGGAAACAAAAAUCAAGAUAUCGUUUAUAUGAAUUUCACAACACUGAAAAACAAGCAAAUUGUAUUGGUAUCACAAGUAAUGUAGGUGAACAGCGAAACCGAACACCUCAAAAAACGUAUAUGCAAUUAAACACACCAGGCCAAAUCAUGAAUCCGAGACAUAAUAAUAAUACAGGCGAACAACAACAAACAGGUAAUCAACGACAAUUAGUAAGAGAUGAGCGAAGAAAUACAGGAAAUGAAGCUGGGAUGGAAGAAAAUAGUGGUGACAGAGAUGUCGAUGUUUCGUAUUAUGCCAUCACUCCACCUCCAGCAAGACUAUCAAAUAUUCGUAAACAUCAAGGAAAAGCUAAAAAAACAAAUGGUAGUAUCCAACGUGCUCGAUACACACAAGUUCAAGAACAUCUUGAUAUUGUCGAACACAUCAAUGAUAAUAUGGAUGAUAUACCUGUGACACCUGAAACACCUUAUUAUCAAUCAACGUUUCCACAAAUAAUGCUGAACAGUUUUAUAAACAAUAAUAAUGAAAAUGAAGAAAAACGAACAACAGUUUCGUAUACUGACAAUGAUACUUUAAUUAAAGAUACAAAAGGUUCAGUUAUUUACAUGCCGGAAGAACAUGGAAAACAUCAGGAACAUUUGAAAGAAUUAAAGAAUAUAGCUAAGAAUAAAAAUGACAACAAAAGUAGUAUCAGUGCGAAAAAAUUCCGUCGACAAGCCAGUCGUGAAGAAAGAUUAUACAAUAAAGCUAUGAAACAUUACAAAUCUCAAGUUUCAGCAAACGAUGGGGAUAACGACGAUAAAUCGAAUAAUAAUGAAGCAUCAGCUAUCACUGAACAAAAAUCAAAUCACCAAUUGAUGAAAAUGUGUUUUCGUUCGACAUUGUUACAUCGUUCCGAUAUUCAAUUAGAUAAAUUAACUAAAGACUAUGGUAGUAAUUUUAUACAUGCCCAAUGUUAUCCUGUCAAAUAUUUGAUACGUAUUACGGAUAAAGUGAAACAAGCAGCUAGUCGUUUUCGAGCUCAUUGGGAAGAAUUGUUAAGUAAAUCAAGACAAAAUAAAUUAGAUCAAGAUUUUCAAGCAUGUUUUGAUUUGUUUCCGUUUUAUUGUACAUUGGAAACAUAUUUAAUUAUAUUAUUUGAUGAUAAUACAUUAGCAACGUCAUCGGAUUAUGUGCAUGCACGUUGUGCAAUAAAUAUCGAUGUAUAUUCUUCUACAUUAUCGUUAGAAAAUCUCAAUGAUAGUUCACCGUAUUCGAUGAAUGAACUAAUUGAAAAAUGUGUCGAUUUUAUUACAAGUUUACCAUUAGAUGUAUUCAAACCAAUUGAAAAUGAAUUACAUCGACGAAAAUAUAAUGAUGAUGAGUUUAAUUAUAUGAGUGAGACAGAAUUUGUCAAUCAUCAAAUAGGACAAUUGCAAUUAAUUGAUCAGACAACAAAGCAUACUUUACCAUCAUCAUCAACAAUAACUGAAGAAGAAGGAGAAGAUGAUACAUUGAACGAAUAUGAAUUGAUUAAACCGUCAUUAUGUACCAACUGUUAUUGUGAUAUGGAUUUAACAACGGAAGCAACGGCACUGAAAACAUGCGCUCAUUGGUUAUGUAAUCAGUGUUGGGAUCAAUAUAUUCAAACUUCAAUUAAACGAAAUAGUGUCAUCACGUGUCCCGAAUGGAAUUGUAACUCAGUUCUCGAUGUUGGUACAUUUGUAUCAUUAGUUAACGUCCGUUGUCUUAACAAAUAUGAACGUAAUAUUGAAACUUGUUUGGUUAAUUUUUCACGCACAUUUAUAAAAUGUCCGAAUAAAUCAUGUAAUAAUAUUGUUCGUAUUACUGACAGUAGUUCAGAUUUUGUCCGCUGUCGUUGCGGUCAUGAAUUUUGUUUAUCGUGCAAAGAAGAACCUCAUUUUCCAGCUCUGUGUAAAUCCUAUAAAUUAUAUAUGACUGAAGUCUAUCGUAAUGGCGAUCUAAUAUCAGAUUUUAAUGCUAUUAUCAAAGUAGAAGGCCGAAACUGCUUAAGUUGUAAUAAAUUCAUCAACAAAAAUGGUGGAUGUAAUCAUAUGACCUGUUUGUGUGGUGCUCAGUUUUGUUGGACUUGCUACGGUUGGUGGAGUGAGCAUACGGCACCAGAUGGAUCGUUUAAAUGUCCAAAACCAGCAGUUGAUAUGCAAGUAGAAACGUUACUUAAAGAACAUAACGACGCUCUAAAACAUUAUUAUACAGCCAUAUUACAUCGACGUGAACGUUUCUAUGAAUUACAAAACAAACGUAUGGAACAUGCCAAACGAUUGAUUAGUACAAUACCAUUGGAUACAUUUAAUAGUGAUACAAUACAAAAACAAAUUGAUAAACGUGAACAAUUAUCAAAACAUACGCAAAGUAUGGCACAAUAUGUUAACACAUUACAUCGUAUUUGUGAAUUUGUCGCUGUAUCAGCUGAUGGUUAUGGUGAUUCGGAACCUCAAUUCAAAAAUGUUCUACCAAUACUUGAAACAUUAACUACUAAUAUCACUCAAGUUCUUGAAGGUGGUCGUGGAUAUAAAGCAAUUGAACAGUUGAAAGAUUUAUACGAUAAAACUCAGAAAGAAAUUCAAAAAUUACGUCGAGCUGUGACUAUGAGAAAUUUAAGAAUGAAAAGUGGCUAUUUGACAUCAUAA